AUGGGGAAGGACCAGGAACUGCUGGAAGCUGCUCGCACUGGGAAUGUGGCUCUCGUGGAAAAACUCCUGUCGGGGAGGAAAGGAGGGAUCCUGGGCAGUGGAUCUGGAGCUAUUCCCCUAUCCAGCUUACUGAGCAUCUGGCGAGGCCCAAAUAUAAACUGCACAGACAGUUCGGGUUACACUGCUUUACACCACGCAGCUUUAAAUGGACACAAGGAUAUAGUUCUCAAAUUACUUCAGUAUGAAGCAUCAACUAAUGUGGCAGAUAACAAAGGUUAUUUUCCUAUACACUUGGCUGCUUGGAAAGGAGAUGUAGAUAUUGUGAAGAUUCUCAUCCAUCAUGGGCCAUCACACUCCAGAGUGAAUGAACAGAACAAUGAAAAUGAAACGGCUUUGCACUGUGCAGCUCAAUAUGGACAUUCAGAAGUAGUUGCUGUUUUACUGGAAGAACUAACAGACCCUACAAUAAGAAACAAUAAAUUAGAAACUCCUUUGGAUCUGGCAGCACUAUAUGGGCGUCUGCAGGUAGUGAAGAUGAUCAUCAAUGCAUAUCCAAACCUGAUGAGCUGCAAUACUAGGAAACACACACCUUUGCAUCUUGCUGCACGUAAUGGCCACAAAGCUGUUGUACAGGUGCUACUAGAGGCUGGAAUGGAUGUCAGCUGCCAAACAGAAAAGGGGAGUGCACUUCAUGAAGCAGCCUUAUUUGGAAAGGUGGAUGUAGUACGCAUUUUGCUAGAAACAGGAAUUGAUGCCAACAUAAAGGACAGUUUAGGUAGAACUGUUUUAGAUAUCCUUAAAGAACAUCCAUCUCAGCAGUCACUACAAAUUGCUACACUACUUCAAGAAUACAUAAAAACAGGAAAUGCAACCAUUUUGGAGGAACCCACACAGGAAUGCCUAGUGCCAGAACAUCAGUCUUGCAUUUUAUCCCCAGAAGUUUCUCCAUCACAAACGACUAAAAGUGAAGCUGUGACUGGAGAGUUAUCAAAGCUCUUAGAUGAAAUCAAACUGUGCCAAGAAAAAGAAUAUUCUUUUGAAGAACUGUGUCAUACAAUAUCAGACCACUAUCUGGACAAUUUUAGUAAGAUAUCAGAAGAAGAAUUUAUGAGCAAUGGAAUCCAAACUAAACUUAUAAGGCCUUCAUCAACAAACCUCUCACCAGGGGAGGAGGAAGAGGAAGAUGCCCGGGAAAACAGUUGUGGUCCUGCAGGUUUAUGGGAGGCACUAACACCCUGCAAUGGAUGUAGGAACCUUGGAUUCCCCAUUCUUGCACAGGAGUCUUACCGAAAGAAAAGGAGCUAUACACUGGAAGUAGUACCUUCUGCGUCUCUUGAUGCUCAUCCUUCAGAAAAUGAAAACAACCUUUGUGAUUUCAUGGACAUAGCAGUUACGAAGAAACCUUGUUCGUUAGAAAUAGCAAGAGUACCUUCCUCAAGGACAGAUAAUGCACCUCAGGUAGCAAUUACUGCACCAGGAACUGGUAACCAUAGAAACAGCUCUACAGGCCCAACACCUGACUGCUCUCCUCCAUCACCAGACACUGCACUUAAAAAUAUAGUAAAAGUUAUACGCCCUCAGCCCAAACAGAGAACAUCAAUAGUAUCUUCUCUGGAAUUUCACCGACUAAAUCACAGCCAUGACUAUUUUGAAAUCAACUCAUCCAUUGGAUAUGCAAGCUUUACUUCCAGUCCUUCAAUCAGUCCAGCUAAUUUUUCCAUUGGAUCAAUUGAAGAGAAUGAACUUUCAGAUAAUCAUAAUGAGAAUCUUUGUCAGCAAGAAACAUUCACUGAAAACAAGCUUCCCAAAGGACACCCCGCUGAGCAAUUUGCUGGUCUACUUCAUGGGUCUUCACCUGCAUGUGACCCACCUGAAAAUCCACUUCAACUGUAUAGUAAAGCAAACCAUUGCAGCAAUCCACAGGAAAGCAGUUUAAACAAGAACACAGUACAACAGGGACAGCUACAGCAGGAAAACAACCCUGAUCCUCCAGCUAAGAAAAAAAAACCACAAGUUGUAAACAGAACUAUAUUUCAUACUAAAAUUAAUCCAUUAGAAAAUCAUACAUUGGUUGGCACAAAAACAAGAAUAGGCGAGCAAUGGAUUAUUACUACUGGGGGAUUUGUGGAGCGAGCGUGCACACUUGGGAGGAUUCGAUCUUUGCCAAAGACGCUGCUUGAAAUGCAUUUAUCCAAAAAUGUUUCAAAGUCUGACUCUAAUCUCAUCUCCUAUCCACCUAAUGGGAAAAAAGCAAGAAGCAACUGGAGUGAACCCACACCAAGCCAACAAAAUUCUAAAGGAAAUUCUGAAAGAACACCAUCCUUCACUUCAGAAUGGGAAGAAAUUGAUAAAAUAAUGAGUUCCAUAGAUGCUGGAAUUAACACUGGGCUAGAGGAGAUGAAUGAUGAUACUGCAGGACCCAGAUGCCCUGUCCAGACAGUGGGACAAUGGUUGGAAAAUAUUGGGCUACCUCAGUAUGAGAACCACUUGCUGGCUAAUGGAUUUGACAAUGUGCAAUUUAUGGGAAGCAAUGUAAUGGAGGAUCAGGAUCUGUUGGAAAUAGGAAUACUUAACUCUGGACACCGGCAAAGAAUUCUACAGGCAAUCCAGCUCCUUCCAAAGAUGAAGCAGAUUGGUAAUGAUGGCUACAACCCCACCUCUGUGGCAGAGUGGCUGGACUCAAUUGAACUGGGUGACUAUACCAAAUCCUUUCUGAUUAAUGGCUAUACAUCGAUGGACCUUGUGAAAAAAAUCUGGGAGAGCGAAUUAGUUAAUGUUUUAAAAAUCAGCUUGGUUGGCCACAGGAAACGUAUUUUGGCAUCUCUGGGAGACAGGCUUCACGAAGACCCUCCUCAGAAACCACCUAGGUCAAUAACCCUCAGGGAACCCAGCGGUAACCAUACUCCUCCUCAGUUGUCUCCCUCACUUAGCCAAAGCACUUACACUACUGGUGGCUCCCUAGACGUUCCUCACAUUAUCAUGCAGGGGGAUGCAAGGAGAAGAAGAAAUGAAAGCUAUUUUGAAGAUAUUCCCCGGUCAAAACUGGAGAGGCAGAUGGCACAGCAGUCCUCUGUCUGUGAGAUAUGGACCAACCAGAAUGCAGGAUUUCCUUUCUCAUCGAUGCAUCAGGUUCAUAAUACAGGAGACUGGGGAGAACCUUCAAUUACUUUACGACCGCCUAAUGAAGCGACAGCAUCAACUCCAGUACAGUACUGGCAACAUCACCCAGAGAAACUCAUCUUCCAGUCAUGUGAUUAUAAAGCAUUUUAUUUAGGUUCUAUGCUGGUAAAAGAGCUUAGAGGCACAGAAUCAACACAGGAUGCUUGUGCAAAGAUGAGGGUAAACUGCCAGAAGUCUACAGAGCAAAUGAAGAAAGUCCCUACUAUUGUUCUAUCAGUUUCUUACAAGGGAGUCAAAUUUAUUGAUGCAACAAAUAAGAAUAUUAUUGCUGAACAUGAAAUCCGCAACAUUUCCUGUGCUGCACAAGACCCUGAAGACCUCUCGACGUUUGCAUACAUCACUAAAGACUUGAAGACUAAUCACCACUACUGCCAUGUAUUUACUGCAUUUGACGUGAAUUUAGCCUAUGAAAUAAUUCUAACACUUGGACAGGCAUUCGAGGUAGCCUACCAGCUCGCACUACAAGCACGAAAAGGAGGCCAUUCUUCAACCCUCCCAGAAAGCUUUGAAAAUAAACCCACCAAACCAAUUCCAAAACCACGUGUUAGUAUUCGAAAGUCUGUGCAGAUAGAUCCAUCUGAACAAAAGACUCUUGCCAAUCUACCGUGGAUUGUAGAACCUGGACAAGAAGCCAAAAGAGGAAUUAAUACCAAGUAUGAAACUACAAUUUUCUGA